GAUGUUCUUGGUAAGUCGUGUUCAGAGAGCUCGGCAUUGCUGCAAUGUGUUGACAAUUUUGGAUAUUAUAAGAUCUAUGACGUAUUUGAGGGAGAGCAUCAUCCAUCUAGCGCUUGUUCCUAAGAAGAUCGAUAACCGAGGGAAGCGACAGUGCCGUAAUUAUGGCUUCGAUCAAUGAAAAAUGUCGAAAGUAUUCUCCAAAAGUGGCCAAGGUGCAGAAUAGGCCUCGUCAGUGUGAGAGGCAAUAUUAGUCGCUAAUUACUCAAGAAAAUUAAUGCCUAAAGUCAUUCAUUAGGCUUUGGAACGAAAGCGAGGCUUUACGUUUGCAGCAGACGACAGUGUUGAGGUUGGAGAUGAUUAUUUCGCGCGGCGGCUGACCGACUGCUUACACAGAGAACAAUUUCCGGCAAUUCUUCAACAGAGCGCAGACAAAGAUAUUUACAUCACUGUUGAACCAUCACCUCUUUAACGAAACAAGAUUACCAGCGAGUGGGGAUGAACGACACAGCGACAACAACUAAUUACACAACAACGUCAGGAACAGCGUGUGGAUGAAAAACAAGAAACUGUUUUUCUCUUUCUUUUUUCCAAACUCGUUCUGCAAGUAUGUGUGUCCUGAAGUGAUGUACGAUCCUGCUGGAAGAUCCGCGGAAAGACACUUCCCUCAGUGGCUGGGCGAUGUGAUGCUGGGACAGGGGGCUCUCUGCUAGGAUCUACUCGGCAUUUGUCGCAGUCUUGCUUCAAGAUGACAACAAAAUAUUUCUGUAUGACGAACUCUCGGCGUCUAACGUUACGGCGGACAGCGUCCGUCCUCGUCACCUUGUGCUUGCUCUGUUUCCUGCUUCAUUCGUGGCUUACUCAGGUACGUCAGCAGGGCGGUGUUCCAGUUGAGAGACAACCUGAUCUGAAUUGGCAUCUGAACAUCCGGACCACCGUACCUCAUGCAAAUCACUCCGCCCUUCUUAAAUUAUCCAAUCAACAGACGUACAUCCUGUCCGCCAUCAUUCCCGCUGACCAAUCAGAUACCGCCAACCCUGUUGUCGUCGUGAAUGCCUUUGACGGAAGUAACGUCAGGCUCGUCUGCUGUGUUUUAGAAGACGGCCGGAAGUUGCAUGUCACGUGGGCUUCAACACUGAGACAGUACCAUCAUCUCAUGUUCUUGAGUACAUUGACCGAACUUUUCUACACAGCCCCCUACCCAGCUCGACAAAUAGCCUGCCCACUAACGUCACCGGUAGGUAGCGCCACCCACAUAUCGUUGUCAUCAAGCACGUGCAGCACGCACCCAGACCAGUACCAGACGAUCGUGCACGUGCCAGAACGUGCAGGGCAGCUCGCAGUGUGUGGGAAGAUCGCCUAUAGCCACGCCCUGAUGCCAGAGCGCCUCGUGGAAUGGUUCGAGUUCCAGAGAGUGAUGGGUGUGGAUAUGGUGUUGAUAUUCACCCUGGAUAUUACCCGCGAUGUGCAGAUGGUGUUUGAUUUCUAUGCCAAACAAGGAUUACUGACGACAGUGCCGUAUCAACUCCCAGGUCAUCUGGAGAGGAGUUUCCGGAAGGGCAACCGAUCUUUCCCUCAAUUCAGUCACGAUGAACAACUGGCCAUCUUUGACUGCCGCGAGAGGCUGUCGGGAUAUAGUCACGUGGCCGGGAUUGACCUUGACGAAAUCAUUGUACCAAGGUCAGGCCAGACUCUAAAGCAGUUGUUGAAGAACUCCCUGUCAAAACAGCAUCCUGACGCUGGCGCAUACUACUUCUAUCAACAAUUUCACAUCACUGACUGGGGUCCGUCUCAUCCGAACAACACGCUGACCACCAUGCGCUUCUUACAGACGGACCCUCCGCGGUGGGAGUCGCAGAAAUUUGUCUACAUUCCUGACCGGACAACUUAUGGCCGUACGCACGAAGUGUUCGUUAAGUCAGGGUACUCAACAUACACCAUUCCACCGGAAGUAGCCAUAAUACACCACUUCCGGACAUGCCCAGAGACUUGGUUAGACUGCCAAACGCGGGCGAGGAUUGUUGACACAGACACACUGCGCUACCAGGAACAGAUGGACUUCAGUGUCAAGACCGUCAUGGGGGAACUUCUGGGCAAGGGAGUUAACUCAGCCUCCAGCUAAUGAAUCUCUCAAAAACCGUCCGAUUAUUGCCUUCACGGGUUAAUAUCAGGGGAAACUGAUGACCGUUGACUGUUGCGGCCUGUGUAGGGACGGAACAGCGACAGGGAACCGGUUUAAAGAUAACAUACGCCACCAUUCGGCUUAUCCCGGAAUGACACGAGUGGUCACGAAAGAGGAAACCGAAUCUGACCGAUGUGUGCUGACUGACCAGUGGACAAACAACGAGUACGCCCAGUACCCAUAAACCUUCCGAGCUGUAUCAGGAUCCACAGAUUUCAUUACUGAAUUUGUUGAGACCUGACUGACUUAACCGACCUCAAAUUAUGCCUCAAAUUAUGCGUGAACUUUUUCAUCAUUUGAGGCUAGCGGAAGUAGGCCGCACGGAAUCGUUCGUAUUGAAAAGAUGUAAUAUCGAUCCAUUCAUUGACUCGACACACACGAUGCAGAGCUGUUAUUGUGCUGUUUUCUGUCCAACGUUUUUAUAUCUUAAUUGUAUUUAAAUGAUACAAGUUUGGGUGUAAUAACCUUUCUUUGACCUUGACAUACUGCGCCAGAACGAGGCAAAGCUACAGUCGUGCCGACGUGCAAUUUUCUGUUGACGAGUGUUUCGAUAUGCCCCUCCAUUUUAGAGCAAGCCAGGCAACAAUUCGAUGUUGCGCUCACAACGCCCCCUGUGUACUUGUUUGACACAGACGCUAGUGUGUGGUGUAUUUUCAAACGCUAAAUGUCAACAAUGUGUCCAUAAAGGUUAACUGAUUAUUACUGUGGCCCAUUAGGGACUUUGAAAUCUUUUCGCAAAGUGUGUUUCGAUUUACCUCCGUGUGUUACACGUUCUCGUUCGGAAUUCUGCACGAUUCAGACUUUGUUUCAGGAACCUUUCGAAACAUACUACAAAACUACCGAAACAUAAUGAAAGGUUAAAACUUGAAAAUUUGAAAGACAAAUACCAAGAAAAAAACUAAAUAUUGAUAACAUCCCUUCAAAACCAAACAGGAAACACCGAGUGUUUAUUGAAACGUCUAAAAGUUAGAUGAGAAUCACUCAAAAUUUUACGAAAACCGCUGUAAAUUUUUUUUAAAUGUUUCACCAAAGACAUGUAUUUUCGUGAUCCACAAGAGACCGUGUUCUCUCAUACAUAAUGAGUCAAUAGUAUGAGACAUGUAUUGGGAGAGAAAGUUGUUGAGAUGGUGUUGGGAGAAACAGUUGUUGAGAUGGUGAGAAACAGUUGUUGAGAUGAUGUGAGAGACGGUUGUUGAGAUGGUGUGAGAGUCAGUUGUUGAGAUGGUGUUAUGAGAGACAGUUAAGAUGGUGUUGUGAGAGACACUUGUUGAGAUGGUGUUGUGAGAAACAGUUGUUGAGAUGGUGUUGUGAGAAACAGUUGUUGAGAUGGUGUUGUGAGAAACAGUUAAGAUGGUGUUGUGAGAGACACUUGUUGAGAUGGUGUUGUGAGAAACAGUUGUUGAGAUGGUGUUGUGAGAGCCAGUUGUUGAGAUGGUGUUAUGAGAGACAGUUAAGAUGGUGUUGUGAGAGACACUUGUUGAGAUGGUGUUGUGAGAAACAGUUGUUGAGAUGGUGUUGUGAGAGCCAGUUGUUGAGAUGGUGUUAUGAGAGACAGUUAAGAUGGUGUUGUGAGAAACAGUUGUUGAGAUGGUGUUGUGAGAAACAGUUGUUGAGAUGGUGUUAUGAGAGACAGUUGUUGAGAUAGUGUGGUGUUAGGGUGUCACAAAGGUGUACUAUCAGAUGGCAUAUUGACUUCUGUCCGUGUCAGUCAGGAUGGUUUCCCCUGCUUCAUAAGUAUAUGGACGUGUGGUGCAAGUGGGCUUCCAAAACUGUGACGAAGGUUUGGAAUCGAACCAGGAUCGCCAACAGGCAACACUUACUUGCCCAAGUACUUUGAUAGAAUCCAAUAGUGAAAUGAAGAGGAGGUUGGACGUCACUACCCCAUGACGUUGUUUACCUCACGUUGUCGAGUAACCAUGGUAACCGGAGGCGCCUACAGUAUUCUUUUUUGUUCAACAAGAAAUAAACACCGACAGUAUUAAAAUUCA